AUGAUCAUCGACAAUAAAAUACUCCUUUUUAUAAGAGACACAACUGACUCAGAUAAUAAUGGGACUACAAUAAUAGACGAUCCAUGGGGGUCAUCAACCUGGCGAUGGGGUCGUUGGAUUCUGUUUGUCAUAUUCGUCGCUUUCAUAUUGAUCUUGGUUAUAGCCACUGCUAGAGCUAAUAGGAGACGGUAUGUUAGAGGUGUAGCACCAAUUAGAGGAACAUCAUGGUUGACUCCUCCAUCGUAUAGACAGUCAGAAAAUACUUAUGUAGGAACAUCACAACGAGCGGUGGUGGAUUACGUUCCAGAGUAUACUGAAGAGGCUAAUGAGAAUGAUCUGGGUUAUUACGAUGAAAGAGGUGAAUUCCAUACAAAUGAUAAGACUACCUAUAUACCACCACCUAAAUUGGAGACUGCAAAUGAACCACAUUCUCUAAGUGGAUCGCCUUUGUUGGAGAGACCUUCACCGGCUGUCUUAAGAGAUACUAGUACUGUUUCUACUCCUGAUAUAGGAUUGGAUUUCAGUAGACCAAAUUACAGAACUGACAGUAACUUAAAUACUUUCCCCGGUUAUUUCAACAAUGACAAUACUAACAAUGAACUACACACAGAUAGAGUUGGAACUGUUGGUUCUUCAUCCUCUGCAGAUGAUACCCAAGUAGAAUCGUCUAAGGAUAAGAAAUUUGUGUCUGUAGAUGAAGUUAAGGAGUUUUAG